AUGUGUGGAAGUGAGAAGCGAGUAGGGGAAUACAACCGGCAGAUCUCUGCACUGCCUGCGUCCCGAGGAUGGCACCAGGCGUUCUCCCUCGUCGAGGACAUGGAAACAGGAAGAUUGCUGCCAGACCUUGUCACCUUCAACUCGGCGAUCGUUUGCUGCCAAAGAGAAGCCAUCUGGCGAGCCGCUCUGCAGCUGCGCUCGCAGCUGCGCUCGCAGCUGGAGCAAACGCAGCCGAGUGUGGUGACCUUCGGGGCCGUGUUGGCCUCCCUCCGCGGCGGGCAGUGGCUCCGGGCCCUCUCCGUGCUGUCUGAAGCAGAACAGCUUCCGCUUCGGUUGUCCGAUCAGAUUCUCAACACCGCUCUGCAGGCAGUUGGGAGGGCAGAAGAGUGGCGGAAGGCUGUCCACAUGCUCAGCAGGAUCAUGAUAAGAUGCAGGCCCGGCAUAAGGCUCUACACCUCGGUCCUCAAUGCAUGCGCAAAGGGCUUGGCAUCUUCUAUGGCACUCUCCCUGUUUACCGAGCUCUUGGAAGCUCAGACUGAGCCGGAUGUGAUCACCUAUUCCUGUGUGCUGGCGGCCUGCGGAAAUCUUUGGCAAGACGCGCUUUUUUUGCUGGAGGACAUGAACAGAAGGCAAGUCCAAGCAAACGUUGCGCCUCUCAACUCUGCGAUCCUUUGCUGUGGGAGAGCUGCAAAGUGGAUGCAGGCCCUCAAGCUUCUAGGGGACUUUGAGCUUAAUGGAUUUCAACCUGAUGUGAUAUCAUAUACUUCGGCCAUACAGGCUUGCGGAGACAUGUGGGAGAAGGUUCUUUUGCUCCUGCUGGAUGCUUCCAACAAGGCUGUGCAGUUGAACUUCAUCACCUACAGCACCUCCGUAGCCGCGACGGCUCGUGAAUGGCGACAGGCGGCUUGCCUGCUCCAAGAUGUUUUGGUGCGGUUUGAGCGCCCGGCCACGUCGGUGGCGGGCGUGGUUUCCACGUACAACUCGGCCUUUGCCGCGCUGUCGGGCCAGUCUGAAUGGCAGCAGGCAGUGAUGCUGCGCAGCUUCGUGGACAAAGCUCUGCAGGACGACGAUUACACUUGCACGGCCAUGAUGCCGCUGCCAGUGAAGCUCUCAGCACCAUGCGAGGGUUCGUGGCAGCUGGCUUUGGCGCUGUUGCAGGAAUCUCCGCAGCGGCGGUCGAACGAGAAGUUGCGAAGCUACACUGCCGCAAUGAGCGUGGGCGAGAAGUCCUCUGUCUGGAAGAUAUCCUUGGAUCUUUUUCAGGAGCUUUGGACGAAGAUGGUUGAGGUGUCUUUGGUCACGUACAACGCAGCCAUCAGCUCCUGCGAGAAGGGCCAAGAUUGGAGGGCAGCAUUGGGGUUUCUUCGUGAGCUCCAAUCAGUGCCGCGGGCGCCGAAGGCCAACGCCAUCAGCUUUGCCGCAGCUGCGUCUGCUUGUGCCAAUGCCAGCCAGAUCUCGCAAGCCAUGCUCUUGCUUUUUGAGUUUGAGGCCAGGAGUCUGCCAGCAACGGAUGUGUUCUGCAGCACAGCGCUCAUGGCAUGUCAGAAGGCAGGAAAUUGGCAAUUUACCCUGCGACUAUUGAAUUUGGUGCAUGCCUUCCGCUUCGAGGCCACACGGGACGGGUUCGUCAUGCCGGUCCCUUCCUUCAACGUGAUCAACGGAGGAAGCCACGCUGGAAACCGCUUGGCUUGCCAGGAGUUCAUGAUCCUGCCCGUGGGUGCCGCUUCCUUCAAGGAGGCGAUGAUUAUCGGCGCAGAGGUGUACCAUAACCUGAAGGCCGUGAUCAAGAAGAAGUACGGCCAGGACGCGUGCAACGUGGGCGAUGAAGGCGGCUUUGCCCCCAACGUGCAAGACAACAACGAGGCGCUGGAUGUGCUGAUGGAGGCCAUCAAGAAGUCUGGCCACGAAGGCAAGGUGAAGAUUGGCACCGACGUGGCAGCCUCGGAGUUCUACAAAUCCGAUGAGAAGAUCUACGACUUGGACUUCAAGAACGAGGCCGGCGGUGCCGCUGAGAUGAAGAAGUCCGUGCCGCAGCUGAUCGAGUACUACAAGUCCUGGCUUUCCAAGUACCCCUUCGUCUCCAUCGAGGACCCCUUCGAUCAAGACGAUUGGGAUGCCUACAAGGCCUUCAUGGCAGAUGUCGGCAAGGAUACACAGAUCGUCGGAGACGACCUGUUGGUCACGAACCCGACGCGUGUGAAGAAGGCCCUGGAGGUGGGCGCCUGCAACGCGCUCCUGCUGAAGGUGAACCAGAUCGGGUCCAUCACGGAGGCCAUCGAGGCGGCCAACAUGUCCAUGGACGCCGGCUGGGGCGUCAUGGUCUCCCACCGCUCGGGCGAAACGGAGGACUCCUUCAUCGCCGACUUGGUGGUGGGCUUGCGCACUGGGCAGAUCAAGACGGGGGCGCCUUGCCGCUCGGAACGCCUCGCCAAGUACAACCAGCUGAUUCGAAUCGAGGAGGAGCUUGGCCCUUUGUGCAGCUUCGCUGGCGUGAACUUCCGAAAGCCCUGA